AUGUUGGCGUCGACCCUUUCUUCUUCAAGUACAUUAUAUACAUUUCGAGGUGGCGUAGCCAGAAUCACGGUAACCUUCCAAAUUGGGUUAGUAAAUGACAUAUCCAUGAAAAACCUACAUUAUCCCGACCAAUUUAGUGCCGAAAAGCUGAGAAUUAUCAACUCUGUCUGGUUCAGGGUCAGUUGA